UGGCCCUGGAAAAUUGUAAGUCUAGUUAUUGAUUUGCAUUUUAAAGGUUUCUUGUUAUGCACGGUUAGUAGAAUCGUUAGCCGUUAAAGGACAGACGUGUUGUGAUAGAAUUUUGUACUGUUCUUUUAUAACGAUAUUUGAAGUGAUUUAUUAUUAAUCAAAUCAUGACUAGAAACAAGAACGAAACUAGGCAAAGAUGUAAAAAAUCACAAAAUGACGAAAAUGCAAAUGCUAAAGGAACAGAGAAGGAAGUGGCAAGGUUAGACUCUCUCGAUGAAGAAGAUCAAGGAUUUGGUGGUUGGCUUAGGUCACCUGAUGGAUUAGAGAAUAUGAAACUCUUCGUCAUCGCCAACAGUAUCGUGUUGCUUAUGACUCUCAUGUAUCCGCAAGUUCAACUAAUCGUUGAUUUUAUUUACGAUUCUAUAUAUGGGCCGGAUAAUGAUUUAAUUGUAUAG